AUGGAUAAUAAUUUUAUGAAUAGAAACAUUUUCAAUAAAAAUUAGAGUUAAGUGGAGGAAGAUAAAUAGGAAUAUGAAAUUGAUAGUGAUGGGUCUUCAGGAAGCGAGAGGCAAUAUUACGAGAGAGGGGAGGAUUAUAGUUUUUAAGUUUAAUCUACGGGUGUUAGUCAAAGAGAAUAAUUUUCCCUCAAUAGAGUCAUCAAAGUCAGAAAUAAUACUAUUGACUUUGGACAGGGCAAAAACUUAGUUAAGAAUAAAAAUGUAUUGAUAAAUGACUUAAAAAACCAUAAAAAGCAAUUAAUCAUUUCAUCUUAUUAGAUAAAUACUCCUUCUAGAAGGUUUCAGUAAGAGAAACAAGAUAUGAUUCUUCUAGAUUUAAAGGGACAAUCGCAAUAAUAAUAUGCUAAAGAUAUCAUUAAGACUAUGGGCAAGAUAAGACUUCAUACAAAAUAAUCUAUGUCUUAGCAAAAUGAAGAUCUAUAAGAUGAUAUAGAUUUAGGAUUGCUAAAUAGCUCAGAAAAUCAAUAUCAUCAGUCUCAAAAUUCUAUAAUGUUGUCAUCAAUGCAUUAAAAACUAUCUGAAAGAGACAGCGAGUAUAAACUUCAGUAAGCUCUAAAUCUAGUUUAAGACUUAUUCAAUGAUUAGGAUUUCAAGAAACUCUUACUCUAUUAUCCUAAAUUAAGACAAGAGAAGCUAGCUAUUUUCUAUUUAAGAAACAAAUAUGACUUCAAAAUGACUUAGAGAGAUAUUUAUAGAAAAAUGGGAAUGAAACCUACAAGACCAAAGUAAGAUACUAAGGAUCGAGUUUCAGAGAAUGAGAUUCUGAAAAGCACUUUUAACUGUGAGGAGUUAAAGCUCUAGGAUCACGAGUAUGAACAACUGAGAUAAGAGUAUUCAAUUGGCAAUCAAAGUCCAGAAUAAUAGUACUUUGAACCAGAUACUCCAUAGCUAGAACUAUCUCUCUAGGAAACAUUCAAUAUUAAUAAAAAUAAAAACACACUCAAGAAAGUAGACGAUUCACAUCAAAUGCAAAGGAUAUCUGAGGGCAAUGCUGAAUAUAUCUAUUCAGAUGACUAUGUCAAGAAGGACUUCAAAUGUGACUACCCUACAUAAGGCCCUGUAUACAAAUAUGGAGAGCAAAAGACUCUGGAUAAAUUCAACAAAACUGCUGUUACGAAGAGCAGAGCGGCCUCGUGCUUUGCUUUUAAGUGUGGAUCCAAUUCAAAUUAAAAAGUAGAGAGGAAAAGAUAGGCUUCUACCCAGAUUGAACUUCCUCAUUAAAAAGCAAGUCUGCUUAAAAGAUUUUUAUGA